AGUUACUUCAUAUUAUGCCAGGCAAGAAGUCUCCCAAGAAGGGAGGGAAAGGAAAGACAACUAAGAAAGCACCUAAGAAAGAACCUGUAAUAACUGCUGAGGAGACCAAAGACGACAAGCGUUACGAGGACUUGAUUAAUAUACCUAAGCAUGGCUGGAUCAAAGUAGAAAUGAGGCUGGUAAUUCUCAAACCUUUUUUAACCCACUAGGUCGGCAAUCUUAUUCAGAGUUAUAAGGUCUUCAUGCUCAAUUUUAAGACAAAUGAAUGAGUUAGUAAAGUGUACAGGAAAAUUAUCUCAAGACAUGGCAGAGUGAAGAACAUAAAAAUAUAUACAGAAGAACCCCCUCAGGAGGGUGAUACUAACACUGAAGGAGAGCUCUUGUCUAUGCCUCCAGAACUAACAGAUAAAAUGCAGCAGUUGCAUGAAGUCUUUGGGUCAUUUGGAGAAGAAGUCAAAGCAGACGCACCUGAGUUUACUCUCCACUAUGAUUUUCAGCCAUUUGAUAGUGAUGAGCCCUUAUUAUUCGCCCUUGGGGUAUACUCACCCGAAAAAGAGUAA